AUGGAGUUAGGAAGGAGAAGAGGGCAUCAAGUUUGGGAAAAGUACUUUCCUCAUCUGAUUAGAGUAAACUGUGAGAAGGUGGUUCAGGAGAAAGUCUUGGUGGCUAUCAAGACUAACAACAGUGGUAGGAGUACAGUAGCAUUCUCUCCGGAUGGCACAAAGGUUGUUUCUGCUGGUGAUGGUAUAGUCAAGAUCUGGAAUGCAGCUACAGGAGGAGAAGAGCAGUGCUUCAGCUCUGGUUGGACACCCUCAGUAGCAUUGUCUCCAGAUGGAACACAGGUGGUCUCUGGCUCUUAUGGGAUAGUUAAGAUUUGGAAUGCAGGUACAGGCGAAGAGGAGCAGAGCUUCGAUGGCCACUCUGGUUGGGUAACCUCUGUAGCAUUCUCUCCAGAUGGAACAAAGGUGGUCUCUGGCUCUGAGGAUACAAUAGUCAAGAUCUGGAAUGCAGCCACAGGAGAAGAAGAGCAGAGCUUCAAUGGCCACUUUGAUAAAGUAAUCUCUGUAGCAUUCUCUCCAGAUGGUACACAGGUUGUUUCUGCUAGUGAUAGAAUGGUUAAGAUCUGGAAUACGGCUACAGGAGCAGAAGAGCAGAGCUUCAAUGGCCACUUUAGUUCAGGAAUCUCAGUAGCACUCUGUCUAGAUGGAACAAAGAUGGCAUCUGGUUCUGAUGACAAUACAGUCAAGAUCUGGAAUGUAGCUACGGGAGCAGAAGAGCGGAGCUUCAAUGGCCACUCUGCUAGAGUAACCUCAGUAGCAUUCUCUCUAGAUGGUACAAAGGUUAUCUCAGGUUCUUAUGAUAAAACAGUCAAGGUCUGGAAUAUGGCUACAGGAGAAGAAGAGCAGAGCUUCGACGAUCACUUUACUGAGGUAAUCUCUGUAGCAUUCUCUCCAGAUAGCACUAAGAUUGUUUCACGCUCUGAUGAUCAAACAAUCAACAUCUGGAAUGCUGUUACAGGAGCAGAAGAGCAGAGCUUCAAUGGCCACUCUGCUAGAGUAACCUCGGUAGCAUUCUCUCUAGAUGGCACAAAGGUUAUCUCAGGUUCUUAUGAUAAAACAGUCAAAGUCUGGAAUGCCACUACAGGAACAGAAGAGCAGAGCUUUAAUGCUCACUUUCCUCGGGUAAUCUCAGUAGCAUUGUCUCCAGAUGGCCCAAAGGUUGUCUCAGGUUCUGAUGAUACAACAGUCAAGAUCUGGAAUGCUGCUACAGGAGCAGAAGAGAUGAGCUUUAAUGGCCACUCUGGCUGGGUAACCUCAGCAGCAUUCUCUUCAGAUGGCACAAAGGUUGUCUCAGGUUCUAAUGAUAGAACAGUCAAGAUCUGGAAUGCAGCUACAGGCAAAGAGGAGCAGAGCUUCAAUGGCCACUCUGCUUGGGUAAUCUUAGUAGCAUUCUCUCCAGAUGGAACAAAGGUGGUCUCUAGCUCUAAGGACAAUAUAGUCAAGAUCUGGAAUGCAACUACAGGAGAAGAAGAGCAGAGCUUCAAUGGCCACCCUGAUCGUGUAACCUCAGUAACAUUCUCUCCAGAUGGCACACAGUUUAUUUCAAGCUAUUAUAAUAAAACAGUUAAGCAGUGGAAUGCAGCUACAGGAGCAGAAGAGCAGAGCUUCAAUGGCCACUUUAGUUGGGUAACCUCAGCAGCAUUCUCUCCAGAUGGUACAAAAGUAGUUUCUGGCUCUGAUGACCAUACAAUUCGAAUCUGGAAUGCAAAUCCCACCACUGUUGAACAAUAUUCUAUAGGCAAGGAUGGUUGGCUUAUUGGCCCCUACCCUGCUGCCUCUCCUAUCAUUUGGUGUUCCCCUACUAUACGCCAAACACUCAAGUUCCCACCCUGUACUCUUGUUAUUUCCUCUAAUGGCAGGGCAGAUAUUGAUAUUGAUUUGGACUUUCUUGGUCCCAACUGGGCUAAAUGUUACACCCCACCUGUGCCUUCCAUAUCAAGGUAUAUUGCUGCUCUCAUCCUCAUGUUCCUUCUGGUCACCAUCAAUGAGUUUUACUAA